AUGAUCAUCAAAUUCUCCAUAUCAUCAAAAUACUUCCUGGGAAUUACAUUGCUGAAUUUAAUAUUUGAAAAUUUAGUGAAUGCACAAAUUCCUCCUACAGACUCUCCUACAAACUCUCCUACAAAACCUCCUACAGACCUUUACGAAGAUGAUCCUGCAGGAUUCUUGAGCGUGGUUAUCAUAGGAUUCAUCUUUGCUUUUCUCGCUCUUGCAGGAAUAUUUUUUGUGCUUAACAGAAUCUAUUAUAGAUGGACUCAUAAGCAUAAAUCUUUGUCGAUGGCCCUUAGAGUUCGUCUUGCAAUAUAUCAUACCUCAUUUUCUGAUCAAGUCUGUAAAAGCGUUGCUGCUGUAUCAGUUACAUUUACACUCAUUCAUAGGCUGACCAUCGCUGGUAUUUCUAUCAUUACAUACAUGAGAGUAUGUCAACAAAAGAUAUGUGAUACUGGUAGAUAUGAUUGGAAAAUAUUUUUACCUACGACCAUCAUUUCAGUGAUUCUUUCUAUUAUGUCACUACCAACUUAUGGUUCUAAUAUAUAUUGGUGCGCCGCAAAAGCAGAGACAAUAAUGGUUCCAAUAUUUUCUAUUUUUUUAACUUUUUUUGUGCUCUCUAUCUGUUUAUUCUGUUACGUCCAAACUAUCCGAUCUAUACGUGACAUUAAAAAACAACAAUCAAAAAUUGUUGAGAAUCGAGCUAGGAAUAGUUCUUAUAAAGCACCUAUAGAAGAAGUUGAAAUUAAAGUCUCUGUAAAGGUUUUGGGUUAUAUACUUGUAUAUAUGAUACAAUGGAUUCCAGCCAUACCAUAUGAUAUAUAUUCAUUACUUGGACAUACCAGACCUUGGGUUUAUUGUAUGGUUACUGUGGCGGUUAAUAUGGGAAGCAUUGGAAAUGCAAUAUUUUAUGUAAUAAAUGAAGGUUGGACUCGUCAUGGAAAUAGUAAUUCUUCUUUGUCAUACGAACAAGUAAAUCUUAAGGAUAUGAGUGGUUCAAAGAGUGGAUCGAAAGAUGGUGGCACUAGUUCCGUUGAAGUUUAG